ACGUAUUCGCAAUGGAAAAACUAAAUCUAUCCUUCUUGUUGUUUGCAAUUUUUAUUGCAAAUGCAUUAUGUGGAGAUGUACAACCAUUUUCAGAAUCAGACUGUUCUAUACCCCCAGUUUUGGAAGGACCUACGUGUAAUGCUUAUUUCAUUCGUUACUACUGGGAUAGUGCUCAACAGCGCUGCGUCAAAUUUGUUUAUGGUGGAUGUCGAGGCACCAUAAAUAAUUUCGAAAGCCAAAGGAGUUGCGAACGAGUUGCUGGCAGAGUUUGUAGAAAUUCAAAUUAAAUGUACAUUUCCUGAAAAUAAAUGGU